AUGCGCUGGACGCAACACACCAGUCAGCAAUUGGCGCUCAUGGCCAAGCUCCGAUCCACUGGCUACGCGGUUUUUACUACAUUCAUCCCCGCCGGUGUUGCCAGUCCGUGCCUCCUGGAUGACGAGGGAAUAAUCGUGUGGGCAGAGCCGUCCCCAUAUCAUACGUUGUCGGAGCGCGACAUCGUGAUCUCAAUUGGCGGCUGCGGCGAGGUCAGCAGCAGCAAUCUCACCCGCCGCAAUGUCCCUCGCUAUCUGACUAUCGGACGCUUCCAGGAAACCACUGCCACGAUGACCGAGGGCACGGACGAUUUUGUGCCAGAAUACCCGCAACAGCCCCUGAUCGAUGUCAUCAACAACCACAGCCUCAUCGCGUUGCUGUUCAGCGGCUAUGUCUGCGCAGUAUGCGUCUGGAGCAGCAAAACACUGCGCCCGUACCACGGCAUUCAACUGUGCGCCGUCCACCGGAACCAAUUGAGCCGGAAACAACCACCUGGCGAAUGCGUCGAUUACAAAGGCCAUGGUUUCCUGCGACUCACGCAUAGUCAGCCACGUGACUGCCAUGCUUGCACGACGAUCAUUGUUCGGCAGCUCACCGGCGGCGGCGGU